CGGACGGAUGUGAGCAGAAAGUGCAGUGAAACGUGUUCCAUGCCACAGACCGAGCUGACGGCUGGACCCGGACCGGCGGCGGAGGGGGGUGUUCGGACGGAUUAGACAGAUAUGAGCCUCGGCCGUCUCCAACAUGUUCCCCGGAGUUUUCUAUGCACUGCUGGCGGGUUUCCUCGGGGCCGUGGCGUCGUCAUCGGCCAAGCUGUCACUGGGAGCCGACUACCUGAAGGGAGUCUGUGAAACCGGACUCCGGACGUGGGGAGAGCAGAGGAAAUUUAGACAAGCGGACGAAACUACCGCCUGUGACCGGCUCCAUAUCCCUUUGAGGCUACUGUGUGGAGGGCUGCUUUUCACCUGUAAUGCUGUGAUGUGGACCUUCCUUGCCAAAGCACUCAGGUAUUCCUCUUCCUCCACCCGAACCACUGUGACCACCACCGCCUCCAACUUCAUAUCCUCUGCUUUCCUGGGCCAGCUGAUCUUCGGUGAAGCCCAGAUAACGUUGUGGUGGGUGGGGAUCUCACUGACCUUCUCCGGCCUGUUGGUCUUACAGAGGGUUUCACCACAGGACACACAACAGAACACAGGCACGAAAAAAGAUGAAUAAUAGGUUUGGUCUCCACUGGCUCUGGCUGUUGGGUUUUCAUUUCCUCUGAUCUUACAUGCAGCCAAAGAAUACUGAAAUGGGAAAAGUGCAUUUAAUCAAUCAUGGUGUUAUAUUUAUAUUAAAUUAGCAAUAAAAUGCAUCAGACAAGACAUUAGAUACACCAAAAUUUAAGAAUUUGUAGAUAUUUGAUACAGUGAUUUAUUUCGAAUAUGUUAAACAACAGGUUAACGGUGAAUUUAUACAGCAAAUUCUCAAUAUACAACGUAAAUAGUCUAAAAAAAGGUGUUGGUUGAAGCUAGAGCUUAUACCCACAUACUGUAUGUAAAGAUAAUCAGAAAUGACAGACAAACCACAGAAUAAGUCAAGUAUCCUUCACCUUGUGCUUCCAACUAUUGUCAAAUUUGUCGAUUAACAUCUUAUUUUCCUGUUGCAUUUUUUGCUCAGUCUUUAUUCAUAAAAUUCAUGUAUGCAUUUAUGAGUUUCACAUGUGUGCAGGUUAAUAAAUGUCAUAAGAAAAUGAAAUGGAAUGCACCGCUUCUCUUCAAAUAAAGAAAACUGCAAGACAGGAAAUUAAGCAGCAUGCAUCAUUUAGUAGGUGUGUGUAGGUGUAUAAAGAUGCAACCUAGAAAAUUCAGAUCUUACAGUGACUUCAGUUGAGAACGCUCAUAUUUAGAUCCUCAGUUCUGUACAGAAGUGACUGAAAGAUCCGAUUUCCACAUAGGAAACACCUAAGAUCCAUACUGUACCUUCUGUACUGUGCAUGUUGCUGUAUUUCUUACACUAGUCCAAAAAAUUGAUCCCAUUUUUGGAGAC